AUGGAUUAUACUGAUGCAAAAGAAUAUAUUUUGGCACUGAGGAAAUUGUUACCUGAGUUAGAGAAUACAAGAAAUAAAACACAAACAUGUAAAUUAGUGGUUCUGAAACUUAAGAUAAAUGAGAAAACUGAUUUGGAAAUAACUCGCUCUCUUAUUACAAAGUUUAAGAAGAUAAGGUCAAGUCAAGAAGACACUUCCCCAAAUGAACUGGCGUUGAUGUUAUCGUGCUUAGAGCACUUUAUGAAUGAUUUUAAUAAUGCUCAUGAAUUUGAAAAUUUAAAUGGCAUUGAAGAUAUUAUAUUUCCUACAGUGGUCAGCACUGUACCUAUCAUAAAAGCAGAAGCAGCCCUUCUUCUGGCAUCAGCUGCACUCCAUAGUCCAAAAGUGCAGAUUUCUGCCUUAAGAAGUGGUGUAAUAGCUUUUCUUUUGAAAUCUAUUGUACUGGAAUCUGAUGUCAUUGUCCAAAUAAAUUCAAUGCUAGCUGUAACAAGCAUUCUAAAGGACUAUCCUCAAGCUCAAGCAAAAUUUGUGGAAGUUGGAGGAUUAAGAACACUAGCUCAAGUAGUGGAGAAGUCAUACGAAAAUGACCGUGUUCUGGUAGGUUCAUAG